UCGGAUACAGACAACAGUUUCUAUCUGCAUUCAACUGCAGAGAAUAAGAUCUCCAGCAAUAUAUAGCGGUAGAGAGAGAAAGUAAAAGGAGGGGAGAGAGAGAAAGGAGAGAAUUAUUGGUCGUGUGGCAACUUCCGUGAAAUCGAGUUCCCUCUCACUCAGGUAAAAAAUUCGUAAUCUCAAACCCUAAACAUCACUUCCCCAAUCUUACCGAAUCUAAAAUCUCUUUCGUUUCAAUUUUGCUGUUUAAUUUUCUCUCUUUGAUUUUCUAUCGAUUGGGGGGAGGGAGAGAGAGAGAGAGAGGUUUCUCUUUUGAUUUGCCGUUUGGAGCGUUACUGGAAACGGAGGGGGGAUGAUUUUGGUUGGAUUUAAUUCCGAUUGUUCUCAAUCUUAGUGGAAAAUUCUGGUCUCAAUUGAGUCAAUUCAAUGUGAUUGAAAUCCUGACGGAGCUGAUUAUUGAUUGGAAAAUCCGUGAUGAGUGCUUGUCUGCGUGCCUCAUUCAGCAUUAUGACAUCUUCCGUUCACAGCCUUUCAGAUAAUAGUGAGGCUGAUGAACAACAAAAGCACACAGAGUCAUAUCUACAGCCGUCGUCUCCUGCAAAAGGGAUGUGUCACACUGGUAUUGCAUCACCAGGAAUGCAUUAUGCAUCGCCUGCUCAAGUUGGAGUUGGAAAUGUAAUGGCCCAAACAGCUUACCCAUAUCCCGACCCGUACUACAGGAGUAUAUUUGCUCCGUACGAAACCCAGCCUUAUCCAGCGCAACCUUAUCCUGCGCAGCCUAUGGUACAUCUGCAAUUGAUGGGAAUUCAGCAAGCUGGUGUGCCAUUGCCAUCAGAAGCAGUUGAGGAGCCUGUCUUUGUUAACGCAAAACAAUAUCACGGCAUCUUGCGUCGUCGCCAAUCUCGUGCAAAGGCCGAGUCAGAAAAUAAACUUUCCAAACCUCGAAAGCCAUAUUUGCAUGAAUCUCGACAUUUGCAUGCACUGAGGCGAGCUCGAGGAAACGGGGGACGGUUCCAGAAAAAGAACGACAACCAGAAGAAGAAAGAUGUGGAAUCUAGCGAGAAAUAUCACGACAACAUCAACCUCAACAGUGAAAAGGAUGCCCCAAAGAGUGCCUCCUGAAGAUGUAGCUUAAAACGGGUCGAAACAUAAGUAGCUCAGUCGAAACUAUCUCGUGUGAAUUUGGCAGAUUCAUUAAGAUGGUUCAUAGAUUUUAAGUCAUAGUUUCGUAUGUGUACAUUCAGUUAUAGGUUUUUGUAGGGAGUGUUUCAGCAGAAUGUGAAUUUCAGGUUGCUGUACCAGUUUCGUCUCUUUUUUUCUUUUUGGCUAGCAAUGAUGCAACUCAAGCUUUCUCUC